AUGAGCGCGACCAUUACUCCGCAGUUGCUGCACAACCACAGUUCCACAAGUCGUAAACCGGAAGUGAUGUGUUUGGUGUGUGGCGACAAAGCUUCCGGCAAGCAUUAUGGCGUUCAGAGCUGUGACGGUUGCCGGGGAUUCUUUAAGCGUAGUAUCCGUCGAAAUCUGGAAUAUGUUUGUAAGGAGAACGGCAACUGUGUCGUGGAUGUGGCCAGGCGAAACCAGUGUCAAGCGUGUCGCUUCAAAAAGUGUCUGGAUGUUAAGAUGAACAAAGAUGCCGUCCAACACGAGAGGGCGCCGCGGUGUUACCAGUACAAAAGGGACAAUGAGGAAGGAGAGGAUAACAAACCACACAUGUUCCACCGUCUUGGAGAGUUCUUCGAGAGGUCAAAACAAUACCCUCCGUUUCAACAGUAUCCACAUGCUCCAGUUGCCAUGACAGCAGAUUACAACCACCCACACACGCCCAGCCAUGGUUUCCCCACUCUACCGUUACACGUCACUGAUCACAGAUUUCCCGGAAUGUAUGUUCCUAACCUCGUUCCGAAUGCCAAUCUCACGAUCCGCUACAGCUGCGGAACUAGUGACGGUGGAAGUAGUGGGUCAUCCAGCAAUUCGCCCCUGUCUAAUGAUGACUUCAAUCGGAACUGCAGUCGUUCUCCAUCCCCAAUUGGAAACGGAAACGACCGAAUUUCACCGGAGAGCAACGGGCGCAUCACUCCACAGAACGACAUGAUCAAAGGCGAGAAAGAAGAUUCAUCGAUCAUUAAGGGUUGUGAAAGUCCAAGAGUUUCAUCAACAGUUAUGACGUCACCACCACAAACGACAAAGGUUCAGCCAAUCCCAAUACCUGGUGUCUACGGCAAUAGUGUAAGCUCGGAAGGAUCACGAUUUCAUGUUUCAAACCAACAUCCAUAUUUCCCUCGUUUCCCUGACCCAAAUAUAUCUACAACAAACAUCAACUCCAACACGGAAAAUUUGUUCGAAACAGCGGCUAGACUACUAUUUAUGUCUGUAAAAUGGGCAAGGAACAUUCCAUCAUUUCUGCAACUUCCGUUCCGAGACCAAGCCAUUCUACUGGAGGAAUCCUGGAGCGAAUUGUUUGUUCUUAGCGCCGCUCAGUGGUCGCUUCCAAUUGACAUAGCAACGUUGCUUGCGCCUGGGUCGUUACACCUCGACUCACACAUAGGAGAGAAGCAUGCCAUCAUGGCAGCAAACCUUCGCAUUCUCAAUGAUGUCAUUUCUAGACUGAAUUCACUGAGGGUUGAUUCCACAGAGUACGCUUGUCUGAAAGCAUUGGUUCUCUUCAAAUCAGAGUCACGUGGCUUGCGAGAUUACAUUCAUGUUGAGACGUUGCAAGACCAGGCCCAACUUAUGCUUCAUGAGUACACUGUCACACACCAACCGAACAAUAAAGUCCGUUUUGGAAAACUCCUUCUCAUGCUUCCAGCCCUUCGCACAGUCAAUUCACGAGCACUUGAAGACAUAUUUUUCCGGAGAACAAUUGGGAACGUACCGAUUGAGAGAUUAUUGUGUGACAUGUUCAAGUCUAGUUAA